AUGUUCAAAAGAUCGCCUGUAGUAGCUGCACGACACCUUGUUCAGGGAUUCAAAGCAAGCAGCAGUUGGAGGAGGAGUAGCAGCAUCCUCUUUGGAUCUCAGUUCACCACCGGCGUUGGGGCACCCUCUUCCUCUGUUGUUGUUUCUUGUGGUGGUUUUUCAAAUAAUACAACAAAAACAACCCCAAACACCAUUUUGGUGUUGAAUCGUGCGCUCGAUCAAAGAAGAACAUUUUCUUGGAGCUCAUUCUUUGGUUUUGGAAAAGAAGCAACGGCUGCUGUUGCGGGUAGUAGUAGUAGUAACCCUCUCAGUUCUACCACCACUAACACUAUGAACCUCUCGGUAGCUUCUCCCUUGAGUGGUAGUACCACUAUGAAUCGUUAUCCAUCAUCCACAGAGUCGUCCACCACCACCACCACCACCACCACCAACAACAACAUGACAACUGAUUCAAAUCCAUUGCAAUCACCACCUGUGGAAGAGGAUCACUUCAAUGGUCUUCAAUUCAUUCAUGAGACUGCUGAUUAUGAGUAUCGUGCCCCAUUGACAUUUGGAGAGGAACAUGAGAUGUUUCUGGGAGGUCAUGUACCAAACUCAAUGCCUCAUAUCAAUGCCAUUCAAGAUUUUCUUCAAUAUCUGCAUGAUACAAUCGGUCUUCCUUGGUAUGGAGCAAUCAUGGCAUGUACCAUUGUGUUUCGUUUGUUGGUCCUUCCUUUGAAUAUUUCAUUGAUUAGAAAUAGUGCUCGUUUGGAAACUGUUCGUAUUCAUUUGAAUGAACAAGCACAAAUCAUGUCAGAUGCACAUACAUCUGAAGAGGAAAAGGUCAAGGCUGCAGAGGAAUUUCAAAAAACAUUGAAAGAGAAGGAGUGUCAUCCUGCAUUCAACAUUCUUUCUCCUCUAGUUAUGGCACCCAUGUUUUUGUCAGUUUUCUUGAGCGUGGAAAGAAUUUGUUUGCAUGAUCCAGGAUGUCGAGGAGCUGGAGGAAUUAUGUGGUUCCAAGAUCUGAGCGCUAUUGACCCAACCAUGACGCUUCCAGUGAUAAGCGCAGUCACAUGGCUCAUCACUGUAGAAAUGGGAGCUGCAGAACCAAGAACGGAAACAAUGAGACAAGUCAGAAGUGUCAUGCGUUUUGUCACUGCAGUCAUGGUCCCCAUUACAGGAGCGUUACCAUCUGGCGUAUUUGUCUAUUGGAUCACAUCUAAUGUGUUUUCCAUGAUUCAAAUUUACACCAUGCGGAUUCCAAGAGUUAGAAAUUUCUUCAACAUUCCAACUAAAGAUGUCUCCAACAAGUAUAUCCAACAUAAUAGAGAUAUUUCCAUGUAG